CUAGAUUAAGUAGAUAAUAAAUAAAAUGUUAUUAUUAAAAAUAUUGCGACUGGCAAUUUCAAUAGGUCUCCAUCUUUUUUGUCACGAUGCCUCCUAAGAAGCAGCCCGAGAAAUCCGGGUCCUCUGCUGCUAAACCUGCAGAGAAAAAACCUGCUACUGCAAAAACUCCGGCAGCAGCACCAAAAGCUGCAUCCGCAAGUACUGCAGCAAAACCUGCAUCUGCUAAAACUCCUGCGCCUGCUCCCAAAGCUGCUGCAUCUAAAUCUGCCCCAGCAGCAGCCAAAGCUGCUUCAGCACCUGCAGCCAAACCUGCUGAGAAGAAACCAGCUGCUGCACCAUCGGCUAAACCUGGAUCUGCUAAAGCUGCUGCAUUAAAAGCAAAGUCUAGUGCAAAACCAUCCGUUAAAAAAGCAGCAGCUGCUGCUAAACCAAAACCAGCAGCAGCCAAGUUAAAAAUUGCACCUAAGCCGAAGAAGACUGGCAUUAAGGGGCAGAAAAAGGUUGUUAAACCAGUUGUUAAGGCACUUAAAACUCAGAGGAAGGUUGUAAAAGGCGAACAUGGAAAGCGUGUACGGAAGAUACGCACAUCAGUGCACUUCCGCAGACCGAAAACCUUUGAGCCUCCAAGAAAUCCUAAAUAUCCCAGGAAAUCUUUGCCUAAAAGAAAUCGUAUGGAUGCAUACAACAUCAUUAAGUAUCCAUUGACAUCUGAGGCUGCCAUGAAAAAGAUUGAGGACAAUAAUACAUUAGUAUUCAUUGUUCACACUAGUUCUAACAAGCACCAUAUUAAGGCUGCAGUUAAGAAAUUGUAUGACAUCAAUGUUGCUAAAGUGAACACACUUAUAAGACCUGAUGGCAAGAAGAAGGCGUACGUACGACUCGCAAGAGACUAUGAUGCGUUAGAUGUCGCCAACAAGAUUGGAAUCAUAUAAGCAUAUGUACAAUAUUUUCUAAGAAUAUAAAACAAAAAAAAAAUUU